AUGUCUGGCCAACCAGAUCGCAAGGCCAUAGAGCAGGCCGAGAAAGUGAUCUACGAUGAAGGCAUGAAGAUUCGCGAACAGGUGCUCGGAUCAGAUCAUGUUAAGAACUCAAGAACGGCGCCUGCACUGCAACAACCGAUCCAAUCGUUGGCGGCAUCCGCAGGCUGGGGAAUGUGCUGGUCCAGACCGGGACUGGAGUUGAAGACUCGGUCUCUGAUUACGGUGUCUUUGUUGACAGCGCUCAAAUGCGAUCAGGAGCUUUCGGUGCAUGUCAAGGGAGCACUGAACAAUGGAUGCACGCCCGAGGAGAUUAUGGAGGCAAUCUACCAGACAGGAAUCUACGCAGGAGUGCCAUGCGCUCUCAAUGCGUCACGCAUAUCGAACACGACUAUCGAGAAGGAAAAGCAGUAA